AUAAAAGUGCUGCGAGAGAAUCGCGCGAGCGCCACCGAGGACCGAGGUGGGUGGCAGUCGGCGCCAUCAGAGUCCCUUGGCGUUCCGGGACUUUUCUCUUGGUCCGGAUCCUCUGGAGGAUCUCGGUUGCCUCUCGAGUCCGGACCUGGCGCGGUCCAGGUUCCCUCGGACAGAGGUCGGGGCUCCCUCUGUACUCCGUGCCCCUCGCGCCCAGGCUGCCCUCUGUGGUGCCGACUCCUCUAGCCCUGUGGGCUCAGAGCCUCGCACCCAGCCUCCGCGCACGGAGCCCGGCAGGGAGUCCGGCCCUUGUGUCCAGAGCUGCAGUGACUGGACAUGACCGUCCCUCCUGUCCUGCUUCUCUUUCUUCUGUCCUCGGUGCGAGCCACUGAGCAACCGCAGGUCCUCACUGAGCAUCCCAGCAUGGAGGCAGCCCUAACCGGGCCCAACGCCUCGCACUUCUGGGCCAACUACACUUUCUCUGACUGGCAGAACUUCGUGGGCAGGAGACGCUAUGGGGCCGAGUCCCAGAACCCCACGGUGAAAGCCCUGCUCAUUGUGGCCUACUCCUUCAUCAUCAUCUUCUCGCUCUUCGGCAAUGUCCUGGUCUGUCAUGUCAUCUUUAAGAACCAGCGCAUGCACUCGGCUACCAGCCUCUUCAUUGUCAACCUGGCAGUGGCGGACAUCAUGAUCACAUUGCUCAACACGCCCUUCACUUUGGUCCGCUUUGUGAACAGCACAUGGGUGUUUGGGAAGGGCAUGUGUCAUGUCAGUCGCUUUGCCCAGUACUGUUCUCUCCAUGUCUCAGCACUGACUCUGACAGCUAUCGCUGUGGACCGUCACCAGGUCAUCAUGCAUCCCCUGAAGCCUCGGAUCUCCAUCACCAAGGGUGUCGUCUAUAUUGCUGUCAUCUGGAUCAUGGCUACCUUCUUCUCUCUGCCACAUGCCAUCUGCCAGAAACUGUUUACCUUCAAGUACAGUGAGGACAUUGUGCGCUCCCUUUGCCUGCCGGACUUCCCAGAGCCAGCUGACCUCUUCUGGAAGUACCUGGACCUGGCCACCUUCAUCCUGCUCUACCUACUUCCACUCUUCAUCAUCUCAGUGGCCUAUGCUCGUGUGGCCAAGAAGCUGUGGCUCUGUAACACCAUCGGCGAUGUGACCACAGAGCAGUACCUCGCCCUGCGACGCAAGAAGAAGACCACCGUGAAGAUGCUGGUGCUUGUGGUCGUCCUCUUUGCCCUCUGCUGGUUCCCUCUCAACUGCUAUGUCCUCCUCCUGUCCAGCAAGGCCAUCCACACCAACAAUGCCCUCUACUUUGCCUUCCAUUGGUUUGCCAUGAGCAGUACUUGUUAUAACCCCUUCAUCUACUGCUGGCUCAAUGAGAACUUUAGGGUUGAGCUAAAGGCACUGCUGAGCAUUUGCCAAAGGCCACCCAAGCCUCAGGAAGACAGGCCGCCCUCCCCAGUUCCUUCCUUCAGGGUGGCAUGGACAGAGAAGAGCCAUGGUCGGAGGGCCCUGCUAGCUAAUCACCACCUGCCCUCUUCCCAGAUCCAGUCUGGGAAGACAGAUCUGUCCUCUGUGGAACCCAUUGUGGCUAUGACUUAGGGAAAGCUGGAGGUGGUGGGGGAGGGUUCUGUCCUCUUACAACUGACCAGACACACACAGAGUUGAAAAGUUCCACAGAAGCAGUGAAAUGCUUGGGUACCUAGGAACCUGUCCAGCCCCAUCUGAUUUGCAAACCUUCUAGAAGAUGCUAUGAGGUGUUGUGUGUAGAUCUUUGAGGAAGAGCUCUGGAAGCCACCUCAGCUCCAACAGAGGCUGGUCCAGUCAACCACCUCCAUUUUUCUAGCACCUGCUACCUUGUUCUUCCUACUGCUGAGCACCCGCAGGGGGACCUGAGUCAUACUAUUGGUGGGACUGACCCACAUGCUCAGAAAAGAACAGGCACAAAGACAUUCUGAAGUCAUUGAAGCAAGUGUAAUCACACAGCUUUAAUGGCCUUGGCUCUAUCUAUGACCAGACAGGACCCAUUUUGGUUUCUUAAAAAUAAGGAGAAAUUAGUAUUGCCAUUUUGAAAACUUCAGAGAAGUAAAGAAAUGAAUUCAGCCCAUCAAAUUUGUAAAAA